UGCCCGGUAGAUUCGGACUGCAUGAACAAAAGUCUUGUUUCAUUUUAGCACUAACAUACAAUCUGUUUAGAAUGGGAGAGCAACAAACAAUUACAGAAGAUGAGGCAGCUCUUUAUGAUCGUCAGAUUAGACUCUGGGGUCUCGACGCUCAGAGAAGGUUGCGUGCUUCAAGAGUGCUUCUGAUUGGAAUGCGAGGCUUGGGUGCAGAAGUAGCCAAGAACAUUGUUUUAUCUGGAAUCAAGUCUCUUACCAUGCUGGAUGAUACAGAGGUAACAGAAGAAGAUUCCUGUUCACAAUUCCUGCUUCCUAGAUCUGAUGUUGGUAAAAAUAGAGCCGUUUGCUCAUUAGACCGGACCCAGCAACUCAACCCGAUGGUUACGGUGACCGCUGACUCAGAGAGUGUAGCUAGCAAGGACACAGACUUCUUCACUCAGUUUGAUGUGGUGUGUGCCACAUGUUGUGGCCCUACUCAACUUGUGCGCAUCAACAAAAUCUGUGCUGACAAUGGAAUCAAGUUCUAUGCUGGGGAUGUGUUCGGUUACUAUGGCUACAUGUUCUCUGAUCUUGGUGAACAUGAUUAUGCAGAAGAAAUACCAAAAAGGCCAGCAAAGAAAGAAGAGAGUGGUGAUGGUGAACCGGCUGCUAAGAAAAGUAAAUCUGAGGAACCAGAGACGGUUGUUGUGAAAAAGUGUUCAUCCUUUGUGCGACUGAAUUGUGCUUUAGAUGUGGAUUGGAGUACACCUGAAGCAGCUAGGAAACUCAACAGGACUCCUAAUACAUAUUUUAUCACUAAAGUUUUCUUCAGUUUCAUGGAGAAAUUUGGAAGAAGACCUGCCGUAAAGACUCAUGAUCAUGAUAUAGAACAACUAACAGCUUUAAGGUCUGAAGUAUUGGAAAGUCUGAAAGUCGGAGCAAAAGCAGUACCCGAGGACUUCUCCAGUCACUGUUUCUCUGAGCUGAGUCCUGUCUGUGCUGUAGUAGGAGGAAUCCUGGGACAGGAAAUCAUCAAGGCUGUUUCACACAAGGAUAAACCCCACAACAACUUCUUUUUCUACGACGGUGUAGAAGGCAGUGGCCUGGUGGACAACAUUGGAGCAAGCUCUUGAUGUCAAACUUUGUGAAUGACUAUUUUGUAGCUCAUGAAAAACAAUUUUAUUAAAAUCUGUAUCUGUAUACAAUGUAUGGAUAUGUUGGAGAAGUAUUUAAUCAUCAGAGGACAACAUUCAUUAACAUGUGAAUAUUGUAGUUUGGGACAGCCAUUAGUUUGUGGUAUAAACAUAGUGAAGUGUAAAGUGGGGGAGGGCGUGGUAAGGCAUUUUACUAUGUUCAGAAAAGAAAUUGUUUUGCCAUGGGAACUGACAGAAUGAAAUAUCUUCAGAUGAAAUUCAAAUACUACAACAGUGUUGUGCAAUAUACCAGAAAUUCAGUGCUGAUGUAUUAAAACAAUAUUUUGAUAAUA